AUGUUCUUGAUUGGUUUGUUUCCAGACUUCCUUGUUGCUUACGGGAAACGGUCAUCAUCAUCAUCAUUAUCAUCGUUAAUAGGGACAGGAACCACAGCCACUUGGACAACAACACAGUCAAUAAGUUCUGGUUUUGUUGCGUCUUGUUCAAAUGCUGCUAAUGAUAACAGGAUAUGUGGUGAUGGCGUUGUUCUUCAUAGCAGUAAUUCCGCUACUUCUAUAUCAUCUUUAAUUUCUAAAUGCAGUGAUCGCACAUCCGCUACUUCAACUACUACUACAACUACUACGAAUAACACUAAUACAAAUAAUAGCACACAGUAUUUAGCCUAUAAACUAGUAAGUCAGUCGAUAUUGAAGGCUUUAAAACUCUUAGAAGUGAAUACUAAUAAUAAUAGUGCAGUGUCAAUAUCUUCUGGAAUGCACCAAUCUGAAUGCCCACGUCACAGCAUUGAGAAUCAGGAAUCUGGUCUGUGUUCUUCUACUAUUACUAUCGCAGAUAGUUGUCGUAAUGACGGUGACAAAGAUGAUUCUAAUGAUGAUGACGUCGCCGCUACUGCCUCAUCCAACGAUGAGGAUGAUGUUGAAGAGGACCUCAAUACAGAGUGUGAUUUAUCUACAAAUUCGACAAUAUCUUUAUCCUCUUAUAUUCAUCCAAAAGUGAUGUCUUCAUCUAUUGAAUCGGAUCGUGUUGAUUGUCAUCGUCAUAAUUACUCUAAAUUAACUGAACCACCUUUGCAUGUACAUAGCCAUUCAUCGACUGAACCUAUGGAAAAUGACAAGGCAUCCUUUACAAAUUCUUUCAAUGAAUUAUUUUAUUCAUCCACAGUAUCUUCUCUUCAUCGACGGCAAGAUGAUAACAGUUGUGAUGCAUUUCACCGAAACUUCCCAGUGAAUAAGAAUUAUGCCAAAGUUGGUAUCAAGGUAGUAGUAAUAGUAGUAGUAUUAGUGAUAAGAAUUCUAUUUGAUGAAUACCUUAUUUAA